UCCUCACAUUUGCAGGGAACGUCUAUAAAGACAACAAGAAAUGGGGCGAUGUAUAAGAUACAUAAAAACCUGUUUCAUAAGAUGGAGACUUUGGAUUCGACCAUUUAUCAUGUUCCUGUAUACUGUGAUCAUAUUUGCUGGCCUACCUUUCUUGAUUGUGAAAAUGACCACACAAGGAGUGACUGGCACAAUUCAGGCAUGGUUGGUGGGAACAGUAUUUGUUGUCCUUUGUCUUCCACUUUCACUAUGGGAUAUCACCCAACAUCUCAUCCAUUACACAAACCCAAUGAGACAAAAGCAUAUCAUCAGGAUCCUUUGGAUGGUUCCUAUCUACUCUCUGAAUGCUUGGCUCAGCAUGACAGUCCCAAAAUUUGCCAUCUAUUUUGACACUCUGAGGGAGUGUUAUGAAGCCUAUGUCAUCUAUAACUUCAUGAUAUUUCUUUUGAACUUUCUCCAAGAAGUACAAGGGGAUGUGUAUGGUGCACUGGAGCAGAAAAAACAGCCCCUCUCUCUCCCCUUCUCAUCUGUUCAAGUUGCUAUUCCCAGUCAAAAAUUCCAGCUGGAAAACCAACUGGAACCAGCUACAUAUACCACCCUAAUACCAUCUAUAAACCAGCUGGUAGAACCAGCUGGUUUUAAGCUGGUCUCAGCUGUGUAUUGGAACAUGGUUCCAGCUGGUAUGAAGAUGGAAUUGGAAGGUAGUUCCAGCUGCCAAGGAGUGGUGAUUGCAAUACUGGUUGCCACUCAUGUCAUUCCAAAGAACAUCGGGAAUGCUGCUGAUGGAACUAAAGUUAAUAUCUCUAUUGGUAUACAGAUGUGGGAUGUCUCUGAUGUGACACAAGAUGUCAAUGAGCAUAUCACUGUGAUACGAAAGACAGUGACACGUGGUGUGGGUGGGAGCCGUUUGUUUGGGACCAGUGCUUCUGGAUCAAACCUUCCACGCCAGGAUGAGGAAAGGACAAGACUGCUUACACCCUGUGUUGAUGAAAUUCCUACUUCUAGCAAUGCCAGAUUAAGAUCUCGGUACCAAAGUAUGUCUGACAGUGAGGCUGAACAGACUUCUGCUUCUAGUGACUCCAUUCAUCAAAGCAAAACAGUCAAGGGACCAGUGGAGGAUUUUGAAGACCUCACAAAAGACUUUACUGGGGCAUGAUUUAAAUCGAUGGCAAAAAAAGCUGAACCACUGUAAGCAACUCUGCUGUUUAGCUUCAUUCUCUAGUGUUGUGUGAAACUUUGGUUUCACCCCACAUCAUCUCAUCACUUCAGGAAGAGGAAGGGCUUGAAUUUUAAUUUCUUAUCAAUGCAAAUGGUUGCAAUGCAUUAAAAGUUUCAACAUUAGGGCCUUAGCUUAAAAAAAUAAAAAAUAUGUUCAUCAAAGGUUUUUAAAAUUCAUUUACAAGUCCUUUCUUGGUGAAUGGUGUCCUAUUAUUUUUCAUGGUAUUGGAUGAAGAAGUAAAUGAAUAUCAAAUGCUCAAAAUGUGUGAUAGCUCACCAUGAAUCCAUGCACCCUACAAGUAGGUUGCCUUGCUGGUCUUCACCUGAAUUUUGAAUGGGCAUUAAAUGUAGGCACAUUCUCCAGUGUUAUAAACCAAAAAUGAAGCUUUAAAAAGGGUACCUUUCCCUGCCAGCUUCCAAAAAGGUGUUAGUUCAUGUCUCAGUUGUAGUUUCAGAACCCCAAGUUUUGCUUCACCUUCAGUAAUGGUACAAGCAUCAGUUAUAAUUAGGGGUGGCUUAUUGUCAAUAUGGUCAUUUGUAACUGUAAGACCUACUCUUUUUGGCUUCCUUGACUAUGAAUGACCCUAAAUUCCCAUAUUAAACAAUGUCCCAUCCCUAGUACCCAUCAAUUGAAAUCAAAAUCAGUCAGCAUUGGAAUAUUUCAAUUUAUGUCAGUUGUACCGACAUGUUGCCAUUCUAGCAGUAACUGAGGUCUCUUGGGUUCACCAGGUUUAUACUGUACUUAAUCCAUUUUUUAAAGAUCUCUAAACAGAAGCCCUUGCCCUUUAAAAUAUGCAUUCUGAUGACCUGAUGCUAGAGAUGCUGUACAGUGGCUCCCUCUGCCAUAAUCUCAUCUGUGAUACUGUCCUUUGAUAUCUGAAUUGCUUAAAUUUUGCUUCGAUUUUGCAGCAUUUUAUUUUUCGAAUCAGAUUUUUUGCCGUGGCUAGUCCUGUUUUGUGUGAAUGAUACCAGUUGAAGUUAAUAAAAAUGCCUUCAUGUGUCCCCAUUGGAAACA